GCCAAAGUGUUGGAAAAAGUGAGAACUGCCUGUAGGCUUUUGAAAGCUCUCUGCUUUUGUAGGCAUCGUGGGGGUUUUCCUAGUGAGCAGAUCUUUAAGGAUCUCUUUAUGAGUGUUUGACACGCUUCCCCCUCCCACACACCAAGAUAUAAGCAUCUGUCUGAGCUCCUGCUCGCCGACGAGCAGGGUCGCACUUUUGCAGUGUCUGCUGCUAACCGUCUGUGAGACAUGUUUCCAUUUACAACCAUCUGAAACCAAACAGAAAAUCAUACUGUAUAAUUCCUCACACAGAAAGUCUCGGACGUUUUGUCUCAUUUAACUGUCUAAUUUACCACUAGUGCAAUAAAAAAAAUACAUUGUGUGAUGUGUAUGCCACAUUUUGACACUCCUUACUAAUCUGAUUACGGCACAGCUUUAUCCAAAGGUGUUUUCAGGACGUCCUGGAGGCUAAUGGAGGGGGAUAAGAUUAGCACUUGGGUGUAUUGGUAGGGCUGCUUACAGCCAGGGUUUGCUGAGGGUAAAACUCUAAAGGCUGAGAUUAACUCUAACACAUCUCUUUAAAGUGCUGUAUAGCCAGGAUUUAACUAAUAGGAUCACAGGAGAAGUAGGAGGCUGGAUGUGGGGUGAGGGGUUGGCGAGUAACAAGACUGUAUAUAGGGGCUGACAGAUGUUACUGGCAGACUUUUGGAAUAACAGGGGAUUAAGGUACAGGGAUUAGAAGGGUUUGACAAGGAACUAUGGGACAGUUGUUAACGUGCAAGCAAGACGCCUGAGAUAAUUACCCUCCUGGAUGAAUUCUGCAUAAUCCACCCCAGUCCUAGUUCAGGAGCAUGCUUGUGAUCUCUUUCACCUUUUUUGUCUUAAUGGUGGAAAAAAGGUCUGUUUUUAUGAGGUGAAGGAGAAAACCAGUAAGGUUAUCGUGUACCCAGUGGCAGAGGAAUUGCUGUCUUUUUUUUUUCCCCGACGGUACAUCUUUCAGAAAGUGAUAGCAGUCCUACCUCUUGGUACCACUUACAAGACUGCAGUGCAAAGGUGUCCCUGUUUCACCAGCACAGUAAGAACAAGCUCGCUUGAACCUGUCACGUUAGCAAGCCAGCACACAGGAUGUGUGCUUUUGCACUUCAUACAGUCAUAUCCCAGACAUCAUCAGCUUUGAAAGAGCCGCAUAUACCAUUACCAGUAGACCACAUUAUCUGGGUCCAAAAAGAGAAAUUAGCAUCACUGUUUAUCACACCUACUUGACGUAACCUCCUGUAUUCAUGCUCACAUUAAAUUUGUAUUUUUGCAUGUGCAUUUGCAACAAGCCUCGGCAAGGAGCCACUGCUUCACCUCACGGGCUCCUCUUCACAUCUCCGUCCGCCUUCGGCUGUUACUGAGACAGGAGAGAAGCAGCAGCUCUUCUCAGAGUGGAAGCUCUGGAGGAGGAACCAGAUCACAGCCAGGCUCCUGCAGAGAGACGUUUCUGCGCCCGGGAGAGCCCUGAGUGACAUGACCCCCCGAGACCAGCUGAGGAAGAUGUCGGCACUGGGAGAACAGGGGCCUCUGGAUGAGAAGCACUGGUACCGGCUGGUCAACGGCAUGUCGGCUGGGGCAGAGCUGCGGCAGAGACAAGAGCUGAUCAUAAGGAACCAGAUGGCCAUGAACCCCCAGCUGCUGGCCCCUGGCCAGCACAGACUUCAAGGCCUGUCCGCACCCUUUGAGCCCCGGCUCAUGGAGAGGGAACUUGUGCCACCAUCUGAAAUGGUGCCAUCAGAGGCCAGGCAGAUACACAUGAGUGCUCACCUGGGUCCUCCGAUCCCUCAACACUCCAGUGUCCUUCCAGGUCGGCCUUAUCCUGGGGCAGGGUAUGGGUUCCUGCCCACUGAACCCAUCGAAUCUGUUGCUCGGCGACAGGAGAUGAUUCAUAAACAGAACCUUGCCAGGAUGGAGAUGAAUGCCAUUCUUCACCAGAAAGAGCUGGAGAGUGCCCAUCAGAAGGGAAUGAUGGGAAUGGAGGCCCCCUUGAUGUAUACUGGGAUUCAGGCCAACGCGAUGGCAUUCCGGAGCAGGCAGCGGCUCCCAGAGGGACAUCUCCCCAGUGACGUGUAUGUCCACCGCACCACUCUGGAGGACCUGCAGGGCAAUGCCCUCCUCAUGUCCAGCAGCCCCUACCCUCCCAUAAGUACUCUGCACAGAGAGAGGGGGCGGAGGCCAGGAAGGAGAGCGACCAAUCACAAGAGUGCAGAGGGGAAUGCACUUGGUCCAAAGGGCCAAUCAGAAGAGAAGGUUGUCGAACAGAGUCCUGGAGGCUCAGGGGAAGAGAAGGAAGUGGACUGUAAAGGGGAGAAUGGGAAUGAGAAUGCGAACAAGAUGGACCAAAGUAAGAUGGAUGUCGAGCUAUCAUCUGGAAGUGGGAAAAAUCACAAAGAGUAUGAGCAGGUACUGCGAAAGAACUGCAGCAGUCAUGACAGCUGUACAGAAAGUAGUAACUGCAACACUGCCUGCAGCACAAGUGACAAAGAUCUUCCAAAUCCCUGUUCUCUGGACAAAUACGUGUAUCCCUCAGCCAAUCCGCUAUCAAACUUGCCCUACGGAUUUCCUGUUCCUGGAAAUGGACUUUUACCUCCUGGGUCUCAUGGUGUUUUCCUCAAUGGGGAAGAGAUGUCCUCCAUUGAAGACAUAAGGAAGUGGACAGUGGAAGAUGUUUACAACUUCAUCAAUAAUAUUCCAGGCUGCUCUGAAUAUGCUCAGACGUUCAAAGAUCACAUUAUUGAUGGGGAGACCCUACCACUUCUCACAGAAGACCACCUGCUUGACACAUUGGGACUGAAACUAGGACCAGCACUGAAAGUCCGAUCUCAGGUGUCCCGGCGUCUGGGAAGUAUGUUUUACAUGAUGAAUCUUCCUCUUGCUGCUACUGCCAUGCAGUCAGUCCCAGAGAAAGGGACCGGCGAUCAGUCCUCAGACAUCAACUCUCCCCUUACCUGCAACACUGUGGAGCUGUUAAGCAGCCCUUGUCCGAGAGAGACUGAGAGCACAAAACCUCCAGAACAAAGUUUAGCCCAGGAAAACACCUGCAAUGAAUAACACAAUCUGUCCACCCUAAAUCAUGGUUGGUUGGUUUUUUAACUCACUGCGUUUGGUUUCAUUCAAGCUAGUUGGAUCUUGCUCUCAAUGAAGCAAGAGAAAGCUUUUAUUUUAAAAAGUCCUUUUAAGCAGUGGACCAACAUGACACUUAUUCUCCACUGCCCAUUGUUGUUUUAUUAACAGUGCACAUAUCCUGUCUAGCCUUCCCAUUCGCAUUUUUGGAGAUUACAAAAUAUAUUCCUUUGUCAAAAUGGCAUGAACUUGCCUGGGAUAUGAGAGAGGGAUAUCAAUAGGAAUCCAUUCUCCAGCCCAGCCCUGAAGACAAAGAAUUAUGUCAAUAACAAAUCUGAAGAAAAAUAAGAGCAGAAAUACCAUGAAUAAGCAGCUGCUGUCUUAAUGUUAGGUUGCAUAGUUUGGUACCUGUAUUCUGUUAACAUACUUGUUCAUGUACAUAGGAGCUGCUGAAUGAUCCAGCAAAGAGUACUUUAUUUUUGUAAUAUGUGAUUUUGUUAUUCAUGUUUGUCACGAUAAAUAAACUGUACUCAUGUGGUCAUUUUU